CACUUGCCAGCAGUGUCAUCGAGCACUCAGCUUCUUCUUCUGGUGAAGUGGGUUUACUUGAAGAAAGGAAAAAAAUGUCUCCACUUCUUAGAAGCAUCAUUGAUAUCACUGAAAUUUUCAAUCAAUAUGCCUCAUAUGAUUGUGAUGGAGCAGCAUUAAGCAAGAAAGACCUAAAGAACCUCCUUGAAAGGGAAUUUGGAACUGUCCUCCAGAGACCACAUGACCCUGAGACAGUAGAAACGAUCCUGGGACUUCUGGAUCGUGAUACUAAUGGAAUUGUUGAUUUCAAUGAAUUCCUCCUGUUCGUUUUCAAAGUGGCUCAAGCUUGCUAUUAUGCUCUCGGCCAGGCCACAGUGCUAGAUGAGGAGAAGCAAGUCCAGGGUGAGAGAAAGAGGGGCCUGUCACAAGACAGAAGGCAAGAAGACCAAAGGACAUUCGAGAGCCUGGACAGACAAGUGGAUGAAGAAUCUGGUCGCCGACGCUGGCAGAAGAGGCCAGAACUGGAGAAAGCUGAGGAAGAAGACCAAAGAAAGAAACAAGAGAUAUUUGAACAGCCCCGAGAAGAGGAGCAGCGGCUGCAAAGGCGAGAACUACAAGAACUAGAAGAGCUCCGCGCAGAGGAACAGCUGCGCACGUUCAAGGGUCGCGACGCGGAGGAGUUUGCUGAGGAAAAACUCCAAAGGCGAGAGAGGCAGAAUCUGAGAAAAGACCGCGGGGAGGAGGAGCAACAGCCACUUCCGGAACCAGAGCAGUGCGAGAAGGCGCUCCAGAAGGAAAAUGAGCGUCUACAAAGGCAGGAGCGACAGGAGCUCAAGAGGGAGAGCCGAGAAGAGAGGCAGCUGCGGCGGCACAGGGGCGAGGACAGACGCGAGCAGAUGGAGAGGCUCGAGCAGGAGGAGAGACGCGAGCAGCAACUGAGGCGAGAGCAGGAGACUCAAGAACAACAGCUGAGGCGCGAACAGGGGGAAAGGCUUGAGCAGGUGGAAAAGCUCGAGCAAGACAGGCGUGAGCAGCAACUGAGGCGAGAACAAGAGGAGAGACAAGAACAACUGCUAAGGCUUGAGCAGGAGGAGAGGCGCGAGCAGCUGCUAAGGCGCGAGCAGCAACUGAGGCGCGAGCUGGAGAAGCGCGAGGAGAGGCGCGAGCAACAGCUGAGGCGCGAGCUGGAGGAGAAGCGUGAGCAGCAGCUGAGGCGCAAAGAGGAGGAGAGGCGCGAGCAGGAGGAGAGGCGCGAGCAACAGCUGAGGCGCGAAGAGGAGGAGAGGCGCGAGCAACAGCUGAGGCGCGAGCAGGAGGAGAAGCGUGAGCAGCAGCUGAGGCGCAAAGAGGAGGAGAGGCGCGAGCAGGAGGAGAGGCGCGAGCAACAGCUGAGGCGCGAAGAGGAGGAGAGGCGCGAGCAACAGCUGAGGCGCGAGCAGGAGGAGAAGCGUGAGCAGCAGCUGAGGCGCAAAGAGGAGGAGAGGCGCGAGCAACAGCUGAGGCGCCAAGAGGAGGAGAGGCGCGAGCAACAGCUGAGGCGCGAGCAGGAGGAGAAGCGUGAGCAGCAGCUGAGGCGCAAAGCGGAGGAGAGGCGCGAGCAACAGCUGAGGCGCGAAGAGGAGGAGAGGCGCGAGCAACAGCUGAGGCGCGAGCAGGAGGAGAGGCGCGAGCAGCAGCUGAGGCGUGAGCUGGAGGAGAAGCGCGAGGAGAGGCGCGAGCAGCAGCUGAGGCGCGAGCUGGAGGAGAAGCGCGAGCAGCAGCUGAGGCGUGAGCUGGAGGAGAAGCGCGAGGAGAGGCGCGAGCAGCAGCUGAGGCGCGAGCAGGAGGAGAAGCGUGAGCAGCAGCUGAGGCGCGAGCAGGAGGAGAAGCGCGAGGAGAGGCGCGAGGAGCAGCUGAGGCGCGAGUUGGAGGAGAAGCUCGAGGAGAGGCGCGAGGAGCAGCUGAGGCGCGAGUUGGAGGAGAAGCGCGAGGAGAGGCGCGAGGAGCAGCUGAGGCGCGAGUUGGAGGAGAAGCUCGAGGAGAGGCGCGAGCAGCAGCUGAGGCGCGAGCUGGAGGAGAGGCGCGAGCAGGUGGAGAUGCUGGAGCAGGAGAGGCGCGAGGAGGAGAGAAAAGAACAGCUGCUGCGGCGCGAGCACCAACUGAUGGCUGAAAAGGAUGAACCGGCACAAACUCAGGAAGGAUAUGACAGCCAUACCCAGAAGUGGCACUGGCUAGAAAGCGAAGCUGCCGCACGUCAGACCAAGGUUUACUCCAGGCCUUGCAGACAGGAACAGAGGCGCCGCCAGGAGCGGGAGCUGCAACUUGGAGAGCAGGAAGAACAGCUCCUAGACUUGACCUGGCAAAGGCAAGCCGAGCGAGAGGGCGAAAGGCGCCGUCAGAGGCGCGAGAGGCAGCAGGAGCAGGAGCUGCUGUUCAGAGAGGUGGAAGACCAGCGCCCAGAGAACAGUCAGGAGCGGCUGCGCCGCCACUGGAACAGGGGAUGGCAAAUUGAGGAAGAGAGCCAGAGACGCCACCAGAAACUGUACACCAGGCCAGGUCAGCGAGAGCAGCUGCGAGAGGAGGAGCAGCUGGAGAGAGAAAGUAGGCGCCAGGAGCGCGACAGAAGAUUCCAUGAGGAGAAGCAGCUACAUCAGGAAAGGGAGGAAGAGCAGCUGCGGCUAGAAAGAGAGGAACAGCAGCUGCGGCGCCGCCAGGAGCGGGAGAGGAAAUUCCGUGAGGAAGAGCAGCUGCGUCAGGAAAGGGAAGAAGAGCAGCUGCGCCGCCAGGAGCGUGACAGGAAAUUCCGUGAAGAACAGGAGCUGCGUCUGGAAAGCGAGGAAGAGCAGCUGCGCCGCCGGGAGCGUGACAGGAAAUUCCGUGAAGAACAGGAGCUGCGUCUGGAAAGCGAGGAAGAGCAGCUGCGCCGCCGGGAGCGCGACAGAAGAUUCCGUGAGGAGGAGCAACUGCGACAGGAAAGGGAAGAAGAGCAGCUGCGCCGCCGGGAGCGCGACAGAAAAUUCCGUGAAGAACAGGAGCUGCGUCUGGAAAGGGAGGAAGAGAAGCUGCGUCAGGAAAGGGAGGAAGAGCAGCUGCGCCACCAGGAGCGCGACAGAAGAUUCCGUGAGGAAAAGGAGCUGCGUCUGGAAAGGGAGGAAGAGCAGCUGCGCCGCCAGCAGCGCGAUAGAAGAUUCCGUGAAGAACAGGAGCUGCAUCUGGAAAGGGAGGAAGAGAAGCUGCGUCAGGAAAGGGAGGAAGAGAAGCUGCGUCAGGAAAGAGAGGAAGAGCAGCUGCGCCGCCUAGAGCGCGACAGAAGAUUCCGUGAGGAACAGGAGCUGCAUCUGGAAAGGGAGGAAGAGAAGCUGCGUCAGGAAAGGGAGGAAGAGAAGCUGCGCCGCCGCCAGGAGCGCGACAGAAGAUUCCGUGAGGAGGAGCAGCUGCGUCAGGAAAGGGAGGAAGAGCAGCUGCGCCGCCGGGAGCGCGACAGAAUAUUCCGUGAGGGGGAGCAGCUGCGUGAGGAAAGGGAGGAAGAGCAGCUGCGCCGCCGGGAGCGCGACAGCAGAUUCCGUGAGGAAGAGCAGCUGCGUGAGGAAAGGGAGGAAGAGCAGCUGCGCCGCCGGGAGCGCGACAGAAUAUUCCGUGAGGAGGAGCAGCUGCGUGAGGAAAGGGAGGAAGAGCAGCUGCGCCGCCGGGAGCGCGACAGAAUAUUCCGUGAGGAGGAGCAGCUGCGCCGCCAGGAGCGUGACAGAAGAUUCCGUGAGGGAAAGGAGCUGCGUCUGGAAAGGGAGGAAGAGCAGCUGCGCCGCAGGGAGCGCGACAGGAAAUUCCGUGAAGAACAAGAGCUGCGUCAGGAAAGGGAGGAAGAGCAGCUGCGCCGCCAGGAGCGUGACAGAAGAUUCCGUGAGGAAAAGGAGCUGCGUCUGGAAAGGGAGGAAGAGCAGCUGCGCCGCCGCCAGGAGCGCGACAGGAAAUUCCGUGAAGAACAAGAGCUGCGUCAGGAAAGGGAGGAAGAGAAGCUGCGUCUGGAAAGGGAGGAAGAGCACCUGCGCCGCCAGGAACAGGACAGGAAAUUCCGUGAGGGAAAGGAACUGCGUCUGGAAAGAGAGGAAGAGCACCUGCGCCGCCAGGAACAGGACAGGAAAUUCCGUGAGGGAAAGGAGCUGCGUCUGGAAAGAGAGGAAGAGCAGCUGCGCCGCCAGGAGCGGGACAGGAAAUUCCGUGUGGAACCGGAGCUCCGUUGGGCCAGGGAGGAGCAGCUGCGCCGCCGUUGGGAAAGAGAGCAACAGCUUCGCCAGGAACGCGACCGAAGAUUCCGUGAGGAACAGCUCCGCCAGGAGAGGAAAGAGGAGCAGCUGCGCCGCGAGGAGCGCGACAGGAAAUUUCGGGAGGAGGAACAACUGCGCCGCCAGGAGCAGGACAGAAGAUUCCGUGAAGAAAAAGAUCUGUGUCUGGAAGGAGAGGAAGAACAGCUGCGCCGCCAGGAGCGCAACAGAAGAUUCCUUGAGGAGGAGCAGCUGCGUCAGGAAAGAGAGGAAGAGCAGCUGCGCCGCCAGGAAAGACACAGUCUCUACCAAUCUGAAGAGCCCUUUGUCAGGGAGAAGAAUAAUCUGGAGCAAGAACUGAAGGAAGAAGAACAGAGACGUCGCCUGGAGCGUGAAAGGAAAUUCCAAGAAGAGCAAGUUGGACGCCAAGAGGAGGUGCAAAGCGAUAGCAAAGUCUGGGAGAAACAAGCCCGAGAAGAAAAGAGUGAUCUGAAGUAUGGCAAACGAGAGUUUGCCCAUGCUCCAGUGGUGCGCUCCAGUCCUCUCUAUGAGUACAUCCAAGAGCAGAGAUCUCAGUUCCGCCCGUAAGAGCUGCUACCACAUGAUAAUCCAGGCCAUAGCUUCAAAGGAAAGAAAGUGAGAAGCACUGCUUCUGGUUGUGGGAAAAUUCUCUAAAGUUGAAAUAUGUUUUUUCUUCCAAAAUCUUAAGCUACAGUUGUUUCAUUACUCCUGUCUUUUAUUCUUCCUCUAGUAGUUCUUUACUGCAAGAUGUCUUUGCUCUUUGGUGAAGAGUUGGUGUGCAUUUUUAAAAACAAAAGUCAUUUAAUUUGAGGAACAAACUGAUGUACCAAGAAUAGUACAAUUUGAGGCUCAAGGCAACUAAAUCUAAAUUUUCAUAAUGGUUGAUCAUCUUGUGGAGAUUUACAUGUUUUUAAAGUGAAAGUUGUUUUUUUCCCCUUUGGGCCUAAAUUUUAUUAAGCUUUACCACCAAAAUGCUUUUUUGGAGGUAUCUGUGUGUGUGUGUGUCAUGACUGUACAGAUUCCACUAGGUGAAUGAAUUUUUGCAGUACUUAGUGCAGGAGGAAUGAUUUCUGCAGAAAAAUUCUUUGUGAACUCAGCCCUUAACUGGAAUAAAUAUUUGCUAAGAAUAAGAUUUAACUUAAAGAUUUAGAAUUUGGGAUUUUUUUUAACAUUGAACUGCACAUAAACACUUAAUAUCUCAUGAAGCAAAAGCAAAGUGCUUCUCAACCUCAGAGCUCAAAUAAAGUGUCUACUGUAGUUUGUAGUGCUCAGUUCUAGUCCUCCAAGUUUUGAUGGGUUUGAGAAUAUUACCAUUUUUGUUAAUUUUAAUUUAGAGGGAACCUAAUCAAAUCCUAUAAACAUCUGUCUUGAUAUAGAGCCAAUAAGUUGUCCCAGAAGUCGUAUGUAAGGAAAAGAAAGGGGGAAAGUAUAUGUGAACAGAGGUGCAAAUUUGUAAAGGUCCUUGACAAGACUUACCACUCCAGUUUCUUUGAUACCUGUUACUACCUUGGAGAACUUCUUGCUGAAAUAAUUAUACUGUAUGAAAAAUUAAUAAAUGUUUGGCAAAUAA